AUGAACGAAGUCGGGGAGAUGGAUAAAGAAAUAUCACUACCUUUAAAUCACAUAGUCGAUUGGACCAAAUUUUACAAAGUGAAUUCUGUUGACCAGUUUAGUAAUAUUGACAAGGGUGAAAAGUCUGUGCUCAUGUUUUCAUUUCAGACCGAAGUAGUACCAGACAUUUACGCGAUUGAAAAAUUGAUAACUGUCGCUACUGCUAACCACGUGAGACUCUUUCUAGUUUGCGAGAGUUGCGAUAUGGUCGAGAGAUAUCGUGUAGAGACUCUUCCAACAGUCAUUAUAUUCCACCUCAGAAAAGAGGUCUUCCGAUUUACAUUCGCCUCAAUACAAAAUGUUAUAAAAGGACUUACUUAUAUAUAA